UGGCGUUCUUCGUUGCCGACUUGCCUUGUCGAACCAAAGCCGUCCAGGUCCUCGCGGGCGCCGUCUCCCCUCCUAGCCGCUCCUCCCGCCGGCGAGUGGCCGUCGCCGCAGCAAGGAGAGGAGAGCGGCGAUGGGCGACGAGCGGGUGAAGGCGGAGGCGCUGCAGAUCCUGGGCCUCUUCCAGGUGCUCCCCCGCCUCGUCGUCUUCGACCUUGACUACACCCUGUGGCCCUUCUACUGCGAGUGCCGGUCGAAGAGGGAUUCGCCCAGCCUCUUCCGGCAUGCCAGGGGCAUCAUGUACGCCCUCAAGGAGAAGGGGGUGGACAUGGCGAUUGCGUCUCGCUCGCCCACCCCGGACAUAGCCAAGGUGUUCAUAGACAAGUUGGAGCUCCAGUCCAUGUUCGUCGCCCAAGAAAUAUUCUCCAGCUGGACUCACAAGACCGAGCAUUUCCAAAAGAUCCAGAGGAAAACUGGGAUUCCCUACAAGUCCAUGCUUUUCUUUGAUGAUGAGGACAGGAAUAUUAAAACAGUAUCAAAAAUGGGAGUAACGAGUGUUCUAGUAGAGAAUGGAGUGAACCUCGACAUGUUUAAGUUGGGUCUCAGUAACUUUGCAACUAGCUUUGCCGCCUCCAGCAGAAAGCAAGAUGAGUAGCCUCAAGGAGAAAAUCAAUACAUUCUCCAAAAACAAACCUUUUGAAACAUAUACCUGAAUUUCUUAUAAUCAAUUGCCCCUAUUCAUGAACAUUAUUUUGAGGAAGGAUGGCCUCAGAAACUAGCUACUGAACUGAUGCAGCAACUGUCUAAUGUAUGUUUGAAGCAAGCACUGCAUGUAUUUAUUUUACCCACUCCGUUGAUGUAUUUGUGCAUUUGUGAUUGACUACGCGCUGUGCCAGAAUUUUCAUGUGCCUUACUGUAAA